GCCGCCUACGAGGCGUAGAGCGCAGCGCGAGACGUGCAGCGGGCACGCCCCGGCCUCGGCGCUCGACCCCCGGCACUCGACCGGCGCCGAUUACAAUGGCGGGGGAGGGCGGCGGAGAGUAGGAGGAGGCGAUCGUUCGCUCGGCGCUCGACUGCCCGCACUUGCCGGGGCGCGAGGGCGAGGCCCGGCGGCGGCGCUCGAUUGGCCGGCGCGCCCGCGCGCGGCUCGGAAGAUGGCGGCCCUGGGAGCCCCGCUGCGCACCCUGCGCGCGCUCCUGCGCGAGCUGCGCCACGCCGCCGGCCGCUCCUAUCGCGACAGCCCCGCCUAUCGGCACGUGCUCGCCGCCUUCCGCGCGCACCGGGUGACCAGCGAGAAGCUGUGCCGGGCCCAGCAGGAGCUGCACUUCCAGGCCGCCACCUACCUGUGCCUGCUCCGCAGCGUCCGGGAGCACGAGGCCCUGCACCGCGAGUACCACGGCAGGGGCGAGCGCUCGCCCCAGGAGGUCGCCGGACUGGUGGGCUUCAGACUGCCUCAGCAGCCGGGAGGGAAGGGCUGAGACGGGACUGCUGUGCCCAAUGUUUAUUCCUCAAUAAAUAAAUAUCCUAGA